AUGGCUUCAUCCCAGGGCAAACCCAAGCCGGGUUGGCGGGCACACUCCUUGAACCCAUUCAAAACCAGGAGCCAAGUGCAACUUGAACCAGUUCCUGUCGAGAAAAUCUCUCAAUCUCUCCCCAUCAAUGCCGUCUAUUACCCAAAUUGGCGAGUCUACAAGGGAUUUCCUCCGUCCUCGCUGAAUUUGAAAUAUGUUACUCACCUCUUCUACGCAUUUGCAUGGUGGGCAUUCUCGUCAUGUUCAAUUGGUGAGAAAUCAGGGUCAUUUGUUUGUAUGCAAUUUUCAAAGUUGCUUCUCUGGUCGAUACUCACGCAGCUGCAGUUCAGCGACGAGUACGCCGACAGCGAGAUCGACAUUAACGGCGAUGGUAGCGUGAAAGGAUGUCUCAAUGAUCUGAGGUCUCUUAAGAAGCGUUAUCCGAACAUCAAGACAGUUCUCUCCGUUGGCGGAGGAGGAGAAGGUAGUGCUCCUUUUCCUGCAGUCGCCAGCAAUGGAAUCGUCAGAUCAAGUUUUGCCCAAAGCGCGAGACAGAUGGUGGAUGCAUUUGGAUUUGAUGGCGUAGAUAUCGAUUGGGAACAUCCAUCGGAUCCUAAGCAAGGCCAGCACUACGUCCAAUUACUUGCAGCACUUCGGAAAGAAUUGCCUGCCCCAAGUUAUAUCCUGACCUCUGCCCUGCCUGCUGGUGAAUGGGCCUUAAGGAACAUUGAUCUUGGCAAAGCUUCUUCUCAUUUGGAUCUAAUCAACUUGAUGACUUACGAUUUCUCCGGACCUUGGACAAAUCUUUGUGGUCAUCACGCCCAGCUUUACAGCCCGAAGAACCCUCACAACGAGGCUGCCAGAGUCUCAUGUAGCUCAGCAGUGGCCUACGCCCAGUCCCGAGGCGUACAGGCUAGGAAGAUUCUGCUUGGCGUCCCUGCGUAUGGACGUUCCUUCCUGGGUGCUAGCAAGCCAGGAGACCGUUUCACAGGUCAUGCAGGCGAGGAAGGUAGCUUCGAGUAUAAGGAUUUGCCACGGCCUGGAGCUGUUGUAAAUCUUGAUAAGGAAGUAGGUGCCGUGUAUUGCGUCGGCGGUGAUGGCGGCUUUGUGAGCUAUGAUGAUGUUGACACUGUCCAAAUGAAGGCUACGUUUGCGCUGAAAGAGGGUCUUGGGGGGCUGUUCUUCUGGACUGGAACGGGAGACACGCAAGACUCCACAAGCUUAGUGGAGGCAAGCUACCGAUCCUUGUAUCCUCAGCAUUCCAACGGAGUGUAA